UGCGUUUUUUCUCUCCACAGACACUUUCAAAUAUUUCAUGACUAACCUAAUUUAACAAUUAGUUUAUAUCUGUGAAAUGGACGUUAAUUGUAGAUUGUGGAAACAAAUUGUUACUGCGACAUAUUAGUGGUUCCAGCUCAUAAUCGUAUCGAGCUGGAUGUCGUUUUUAGUAUCAUUACUCAAGACAUAUGCAAUUUCCGGAAAGACUAUCGUCGACAAAACCUUAGGUUGGCAGAGGUAUAGUACGAUGGCAGUACCUAGUAGAGCGCGGGUAUACGCCGAUGUCAACUCACAGAAGCCGAGAGAGUACUGGGAUUAUGAGAGCUACGUAGUUGAUUGGGGCAAUCAGGACGACUACCAGCUGGUUCGCAAACUCGGCCGCGGAAAGUACAGUGAAGUAUUCGAGGCAAUAAAUAUCACAAAUGACGAGAAGUGUGUAGUAAAAAUAUUAAAGCCUGUAAAAAAGAAGAAGAUAAAAAGGGAAAUUAAAAUAUUAGAAAAUUUAAGAGGAGGCACAAAUAUUAUAACUUUACAAGCGGUUGUCAAAGAUCCUGUGUCUCGAACUCCGGCACUUAUUUUUGAACAUGUGAACAACACUGAUUUUAAACAGUUGUAUCAAACAUUGUCAGAUUAUGAUAUAAGAUAUUAUUUGUAUGAACUUCUGAAGGCAUUAGAUUACUGCCACAGUAUGGGCAUCAUGCACAGAGAUGUUAAACCUCACAAUGUGAUGAUUGACCAUGACAACAGAAAGUUGCGUCUUAUUGACUGGGGUUUAGCCGAGUUCUACCACCCGGGGCAAGAGUACAAUGUUCGUGUGGCGUCUAGAUACUUCAAGGGCCCUGAGCUCUUGGUGGAUUAUCAAAUGUAUGACUACUCAUUGGAUAUGUGGUCACUGGGCUGCAUGUUGGCAUCCAUGAUCUUCCGCAAGGAACCAUUCUUUCAUGGUCAUGAUAACUACGAUCAGCUUGUUCGGAUUGCAAAAGUGCUGGGCACAGAAGAGCUAUUUGAAUAUUUGGACAAAUAUCAUAUAGAACUGGAUCCACGGUUUAAUGAUAUACUUGGCAGGCAUUCCCGUAAGCGGUGGGAACGAUUUGUCCACUCUGAAAACCAGCACCUGGUUUCUCCUGAAGCUUUAGACUUCCUUGAUCGUCUUCUGCGUUAUGAUCAUUAUGAACGCUACACUGCGCGAGAGGCAAUGGAUCACCCAUACUUCUAUCCAAUUGUAAAGGAGCAGGGCCGGCUGAAAGUUGAAUCUAACUCUCCGACUCCCAAUGCAUUGCAAGGACCAAUAAAUACUGCAGCAUAAACUGUUACAAAUAAAUAGUAACACUUUAUAUGCUAUGUAUUGAAUAUAUACUUGUACAAGAUUCCAGAAGAGACACUAAACACCAAACGAGAGCCGCUGACAAAGGAGUGGACUACCCAGAGUGACACAUCUGUGAAAGUACCAUCUUUAAGAACCAACAAGUAAUUCCAUUGUUUGAUAAAUGGAAAUAGUUUGGAAAGACAAUAUAAUUUAGUGUUUAAUAUUAGUAAAUCUGGUUUUUUGUUUAUUUUAAAGUGUUUCAUCUCUGUGGUAAAACUACUAAAACAAGUCUAUGAAAGUGAACAUGAACUAAAGCUGCAUAAUUAUUUAUUUUUACUGUUACUUUGAGGUAUCAAGUGGUGGGUUUUAAAUUUUUUUAAAGUUAUGAAGAAUUCGUUUUUUUAAAUACAAAAUUGAAUGUUAUUGAACAAGAUAAAAUUUACUUCAGAGUUUUAUUGCACUUGAAAUUUGCAUUUAUUAACCUAUGGUAUUGAUACUGUAAUUACUUGUAUGAUAUAAUAAAUAACACCUACUGCGUACCGUUUUGCAAGUAUGUACUGGUUUAACUGGUUAGCAGCUUUUCGUUGAUCACAUUUAAAAUUUUGUAUUUAUGUAAUAGAAGUAAAAUGUAGAUAUGUGUAAUAUAAAUACAAAAUUUUAAAAAUAUCUAUUGUUUUCUUUUUAUUACAUUUUGGUAACGAAGACCAGUAACUUAUAAUUAAUAGACAAUGUCGGAUUAAAUCUUGUUUUUAUUAGUACCUAUGUUCUUAGUAAGUUACGUUAGCUGUCCUUAUAUACAUAUAGAAUAAAGUCUAUCUUCAAUUUAAAGGUGAGCCUCAUUAUUAUUUAUUUUUUUAUUAUGAUAACUGCAAGUUGUUGCAUCAAAAUUUUCUUAAUAAACAAUACUAACUUUUUUGCCUGAA